CUAGUUAAUAUUCACUCUCCAGCCUCCACUUGUUUGCUAAUUGCAAUGGCCGAUCCUCGGAAAAGCAAGGUUUUGGUAAUCGGAGGCACCGGCUACAUCGGCAAGUUCAUCGUUGAAGCGAGCGCAAAGGCUAACCAUCCCACCUUUGCUCUUGUUAGAGAGACCACAGUCAAUGACCCUGCCAAGGGAAAACUUAUUCAAAGUUUCAAGAACUUGGGAGUCACUUUGCUCUAUGGAGAUAUUGAUGAGCACGAGGGUCUGGUGAAGGUGAUCAAAAAGGUGGACGUGGUGAUAUCAACAGUGGGCAUUCCAGCGGCACCAGAUCAAACUAAGAUCAUUGCUGCCAUUAAAGAAGCUGGUAAUGUCAAGAGAUUCUUCCCAUCGGAGUUUGGAAGCGAUGUGGAUCUUAUACAUGACAUAGUUGAGCCGGCCAAAUCUUUUUUUGCGAGCAAAGCGCAAAUCCGGCGAGCUAUAGAGGCCGAGGGGAUACCCUACACAUAUGUCACCAGCAACUGCUUCGCCGGCUAUUUUCUACCCUCAUUGGUACAGCCAAAUGCUACUUCUCCACCCAGAGACAAAGUCUUCAUCCUAGGGGAUGGAAAUCCAAAGGCUAUCUUUGUCAAGGAAGAGGACAUUGGCACCUAUACAAUCCGAGCAGUUGAUGACUCAAGAACACUGAACAAGGUUCUCUACCUCAAGCCGCCUCGAAACAUCUACUCCAUGAAUGAACUGGUUGCCUUGUGGGAGAAGAAAAUUGGCAAACUACUUGAGAAGGUCUAUGUUCCAGAGCAAAAACUCCUCGACGACAUUAUAGCGACCCCAUUUCCAGAAAAUUUGAUAAUGGGAAUCUACCACUCUGUGUUUGUGAAAGGAGAUCUUACCAACUUCGACAUUGAGCCAUCGUUGGGAGUUGAAGCUUCCGAGCUGUACCCGGAUGUUGAUUACACCACUGUGGAGGAUUACCUCCAGCAAUUUGUUUAAGCAUUAUAUAAAGUUGUUGAUUAACAUGUAGCUAAAUAAAACCUUAGUACUUGUAAUAUUCUCAGCUUGUGCUUGUAUCCUUUGGUUUGUCUCAGUACAAUUCCCUGAAACGAAAAUAACACCUAGCUACCUAUGUACUGGAAAACCAGGAAUACAGUUUUCCUUCCCCUUCUCUUUUACAAA